AGCAGCGUGGAGGUGGAGACCAUCCUGUACGGCCACCCAGCGGUGAACGAGGCGGCGGUGGUGGCGCGACCGGACGAGUUCUGGGGGGAGACGCCGUGCGCGUUCGUCGGCCUGAAGGAGGAAGCGUCGGCGGCGCCACCGACAGAGAGCGAGGUGAUCGCGUGGUGCCGAGAGCGCAUGCCGCGCUACAUGGUGCCGAAAACGGUGGUGUUCCGAGCGGAGCUGCCGAAGACGUCGACGGGGAAGAUACAGAAGUACGUGCUAAGGGAGAUGGCCAAGGAGAUGGGCUCCGCCAUUCGGCCGGGUCGAAUGUAGUCCACGACUCGGACCGAGUCGGCCUCGCAGAACAAUUACUCCAUCUACCCGCACAUCCGUGACCCUGACGGCUAGCUUCUUAUGAUCGGAGGCAAUGGCGGCUCUAUCUCGUCCUCCAUUCACAAGACCCGUGGGUGCAUAAGUCACGGGUGAUCUUUAAGGCAAAUCAAUAAAUUA